GAUUUUCGGAUAAUUUCAUGGACCAUCGGAUAAUUUUCGGAUUGAAUAAUUUUUUGGAUAAUUUCGGAUAAUUCAAGGUAUUAUUUGUUAUGCUUUUUAUUUCAAUAAAUAGAUUUCUAUUAACCUUACAACAUACAAGUUUUCUUGUCAUUGCCAUUAUUUGUCAUCUACAGUGAUAUGGGAGAGAGGGGAUAUGACAUACGGUUAAGUAAAUGAGCAUGGGCUCGAUUCCACUGACAAAAACGCACUAUCCAAUAUGGCGGAACAACUAUUUUGUAGUAGGUAUAUUCUUUUCCAUAUAAAAUACAUAAUUAUAAAAUUAUAUUGUAUUAUAUAAAUAUAUGAAUAAUUAAUAAUUUUAAUAGUUAAUUAAUAACAUAAUAUUCCAUAAUAAAACAUAAAAACCUGCUCAUCACCAUAUUGGAUAUGACAUUGUGUCAAGUCAAGGUCAUCUACCAAUGUACAAAUGUCAACUGUCAAUGUCAAUUAUGUCAUUUAAUUAGAUUCGGAUAAUUUCGGAUAUUUGGCUCACAACAUUCGGAUAAUUUUUAUUUUUGCAUUGGCAACACUGCUUUAGGCGCUCCUCCACAGUUUUUUUUGCUUAUCCGAAAACCUAUAUACUGUCACUGUGUCAUAACUAUGAUAAUUCAGUUAUCAGUUUUCGGUUUUCCAGUUUUGAGUUUUGCACAACACAAACAAACUCCAACAACCAAACUCCAAACUUAAACCACCCAUAAAUAAGGUAUAUUGAAAUUAUUGAAACAACCCUAAACAAGUUUCAUCCACCAGGUAUUGUGUUAUAUUGUGGUUCAAGUGCUGUGAUCAAAAGGUUUCUCCUAAAAAUUUAUUUGGUGUUUUUUUUGGGGCAACAUAAAGUUUAGGGUAACGGCCAUGCAACAGCAUGAAUUUUGUGAACAGUGUUGCCAUAUCUGUUUAUAAUUUAGACAUAUGAAUUUAGACCUUGUUUAAAAUGUUUUUUUUUAUAAUUUAGAUGUUUAUUUCAUAGGUUAGUUAAUUCAUUUAAGUUAGUUUCUUUUUAUUACUAUUUAGUAUUUUAGAUAUUUUAUUAGUUAGAGUUUACAGUCUACGGUUUAAGUUAGUUUUUUAUUACUAUUUAGUAUUUUAGAUAUUUUAUUAGUUACAGUUUAGAAAUCUUCACAUUGUUUAGUGUUUCUAUUAACUAUUGCCACUAUUGAUUUUUAUAUAAUUUUAAUGCUUUUAAUAUAUUUUCUGAUUUAUAUCUAAUGUCCACUUUACAUCAACAAUAAAUUGAACAAGAAAUUGACAAAGUUAUUCAAGGCCAAAUUUAACGUGUACAAAAUGUAUGGUUUGUAAAAGAAAAUAAAGGAAUUUGAUGAAAUAGAACAAUUGGAUAUGUUUUAUUUUGUCAAAUUUCUUUAUUUUCUUUUUAUUCACGGCAAAAUUGGGUGUUUUGUAUAAGUCAAAUUUGACCUUGAAUAACUUUGUCAAUUUCUUGUUCAAUUUAUUGUUGAUGUAAAGUGCACUUUACAUUUGUUUUCGAUUUUUAAAAUAUUUGUGUUCUAUUCAAUUUUGAAUUUUAGAUGUUACAGUAAGAAAUAUUUUACAACAUGGCAACACUGUCAGUGUUUUUAGAUUACCUCAAAUGUCAACUACAAAUUGGAAAUUGGUUAUGUUUGGUUGCCCUAAACUUGAUGUUGUCCUUUUUUUGUGUAACUGAACAUAAAAUUGAAUAAUAUGGAAAUAAAACAAGAAGCUGGUGAGAAGAUUAGUAAAAUAAAAACAGACAAUGAGGAGUGUGACGAUUCAUUGGACGCCUUUGCCUUCAAAAUUGAAAUUAAUGAAGAACCCAAGAGGGAAGCAUUUGAUCCUUUAGACUUGAAUGAUAUCCCAGUAACAGUAAACACUGAUGUAGAACAAAAUGAAAACAAAUUUCCACCAUUUGAACAAAAGCAAACAAAAAAUGAAGAAAGUUUUUCCCAGGAGGAGAAUACAAUGAAAUUCCCGGAAACGUUACAUUCAUCUCAUAAAAGAAAAUCUACAGGUCAACAAGCUGAAGGAAAAAUAUUAAAUAAAAAUAAUCCGAAGGUUGUAACUAGACAAAGACUGUAUAAGUGCAAAUUUUGUUUAAAGCAGUUUACUAAAACUUUAAAUUUAAAAAAACAUUUGAGAGUGCACACUAGAAAAAAACCUCAUAAGUGUCAAAUUUGUUGUACACAGUGCCGUAGUGCAAGUAUGUUGAAAAUACACUUAAGAGUGCAUACCGGGGAAAAACCUUAUAAGUGCCAAAUUUGUUUUAAGCAGUGUAGCCAAGGAGGUUACUUGAAAAUACAUUUGAGAAUGCACACUGGAGAGAAACCUUACAAGUGUGAAAUAUGUUUUAAGCAGUUUGGUAUAGCAAUUAAUUUAAAACAACAUUUGAGAAUACACACUGGAGAAACGCCUCACAAGUGUGACAUUUGUGUUAAGAAGUUUACUACAGCAAGUACUUUAAAAAGACAUUUGCGAGUGCACACUGGGGGAAAACCUCAUAAGUGUGAAAUUUGUUUUAAGCGGUUUACUACAAUAGGUAAUUUAAAAUUACAUUUGAGAACGCACACUGGAGAAAAACCUCACAAGUGUGAAAUUUGCUUGAAGCAGUUUUCUCGCAAAAGUUCUUUGGAUGAACACAAAAGAGUUCACACUGGAGAAAAACCUCACAAGUGUGAAAUUUGUUUAAAGCAGUUUAAUUUUAAUGCUAAUUUUAAAAAACAUUUGAGAAUACACAGUGGAGAAAAACCUCACAAGUGUAAAAUUUGUUCAAAGCAGUUUACUUUAACGAGUCAAUUAAAAAGUCAUUCGCUAAUACACAGUUUAGCAAAACCUCACAAGUGUACAAUUUGUUUAAAGCAGUUUCCUACUACACGUCAGUUAAAAAUUCAUUCAGUAAUACACAGCUCAGUAAAAGCUCAUAAGUGUGAAAUUUGUUUAAAGCAGUUUACUACAUCAAAGCAUUUAAGAGCUCAUUCGGUAGUACAUACUUUAGAAAAAUCUCAGUGUGAAAUUUGUUUAAAGCACGUUAGUCCAAAUUAUUUAAAAACACAUUUGAGAAUGCACACUGGAGAAAAACUUCACAAGUGUGAAAUUUGUUUUAAACAGUGUCUUAGUAUAAGUGACUUAAAAAGACACUUGAGAGUGCAUACCCGGGAAAAGCCUUAUAAGUGCGAAAAUUGUUGUAAGCAAUUUGCUGGUCAAAAUACUUUAAAAGUACAUUUGAGAUCGCACACUGGGGAAACGCCUCACAAGUGUGAAAUUUGUUUUAAACAAUUUAUUACAAUAAGUGGUUUAAAAACACAUUUGAGAGUGCACUCUGGAGAAAAGCCUUACAAGUGUGAAAUUUGUUUAAAGCAGUUUAGCCAAACAGGUACUCUGAAAACACAUUUGGUAACGCACACUGGACAAAACCCUUACAAGUGUGAAAUUUGUUUAAAACAGUUUACUAUAAGAAGUUCUUUAAAAACACAUUUGAGAACGCACACUGGAGAAAAACCUCACAAGUGUGAAAUUUGUUUAAAAGAGUUUAUUACGGCUAGUUCUUUGAAAAAACAUUUGAGAGUUCACACUGGGGAAAAACCUUACAAGUGUGAAAUUUGUUUUCAGCAAUUUAGAGAAUCAGGUACUUUGAAAACACAUUUGAGAGUACACACUGGAGAAAAACCCUACGCAUGUGAAAUUUGUUUAAAACAGUUUAUUACUGCUAGUAAUUUGAAGCGACAUGUGAGAGUUCACACUGGAGAAAACCCUUACAAGUGUGAAAUUUGUUUUCAGCAAUUUGGUCAAGCUGGUACUUUGAAAACACAUUUGAGAGUACAUACUGGAGAAGAACCCUAUAAGUGUGAAAUUUGUUUAAAGGCGUUUACUAUAGGCAGUCAUUUAAAAAAACAUUCGAGAACGCACACUUGAGAAAAAUUUAAGAUGUGUGAAAUUUAUUUUAAACAGUUUUUUCCCUAGGCCCGUUUGAUGUUAAGGGCCCCCGCAUACAUACAACUUUUUAGUCGAUUCGUGAGGGUAUUGAGAUUAUAUUAGAUUAUGUGAGGUCGUUAAGGCAAUGGAGCCUCUCCGCACUUCGACCUAUAAAGAUCUUUUGUGCAUACAUUAAUCUAGUUAAACUCUAGGAUGCCAAUACUUCUGAUGAAAUUGAUGAGCAUCCUAGGUGACUUGUUUCCUAUGUCAGAGGGCGUUAGGGUGACCUCUUCUGGGAAUUUUAGUCGUUUGCAGAACAUUGCUACGCAAUUGCAUAGAAUGUGUUCUGCCGUUUCUUUUUCGUUGUCACAGAAACGACAGUUUUCAUUACCUGAUUUGCCCAUUUUUGAGAUAUUUCAGAGGGCAGUGACCAGUGAGAAGGCCAGUGAUCAUUUUUAUAUAUUUUUUACUCAUUUCGAGAAGGCGGUUUGUUGCAGUAGGCGAUACUUUUAUGAGCCUUUUUGCUUGCCUUUGUUCUGGUGUAAUAGACCAGUAUAGUUGUAGUUAAUUGAGUUCCCAGGUCUGGAGUUCCUCUCUGAUGUGGCUUUUUGGUAGUCCACAGAAGGGUUCUGGACCUUGGAAUGGGGUAUUGGCCCCUUCUUUUGCGAGGCUAUCAGCUCCCUCAUUUCCGUACCCUUGUGACCUGGCACCCACAUGAAAGUUACUUUGUUGCGUUCCGCCAGCUGCUUAAGGGAUUGUUUACAGUCCCAAACCAACUUUGACUCACAAGUAAAUGACUUUAAUUGACUUUAAGGCAGCUUGACUGUCUGAUAAAAUGAAGAUUUUUGCCCUACGAGUAUCUGGAUUGAGACAUUCUUGGGCACUAAACUGUAUGGCAUGUAUUUCUGCCUGAAAGAUAGUUGGGGCGUUUCCAAGAGUAUUGUUGGUUCUCGACUAAAUUAUUUAGUUCUGUAGGGUACGCAUACAAUCAAUAGUUGCAUUGGAGAUAUCAGUGUAUCAACAUGUUGAGAGUUAAUUCGUUGAUGACUGACAGGAGCGUCAUUUGAAAUUUUGUUAGGGGGGGGGGCAAGCAUUAUAUAUACAAUACAUUAUAAAAAAAAAUUUAGUCUUUUUACAAUACAUUAUAUAUGCAAACAUAAUACAAAAUUGAUCUAUUUUUUGUAAAUUUCAGUCAUUUUCAGGGUCAGGGAGGGGGGCAAUUGCCCCCCUGACCCUAUCAAAUGACACCCCUGAUGACUGAUGAUUCCUUGUGGAAUUUUUUGUUGAUACUUGAGUUGGGAGCGGCAUGUUGGACAAUUGAUUGUACGAAUAUCCGGAAGGUUGUGUAAUUAAGCAGCUAUUAGUAGCUGUAAAGUCCUUAACUCUUCAAUUUUUUAUUGUUUGAAAUACUUGUAAAAUUUGAAUUUUUGCAUAAAGUUUUUCGUUGUCUGUAAAGACUGUAAUGAAGGAACUAUUGAAAGUGCAAAGUUUUUGUCCCCAUCUAUAUACAUCUUCCUUUAAGAUUCAAUAAAGAUUAUGUAAAUGUUG